GGCGACGAGAAGGGAAAGCAGCGAGCAGCGCCGUGAAGUUUCACUUUCCGUCCCUGGGCUGAGCGAAGCGGGAAAUCAAAACUAAGCGGCCCAGUGGGCGCUGCUGCCCUCUGACGCAGCCGCCCGCAGUCUCGCUCAGGCAGCGCCGCCGCGGCAGCCGCAGGUGAGCGGGGCGAUGUGCGCCGUGCCGGCCCGCAGGGUCCGCCCGCGGCUCCGGGGGGUCGCUGAGGGUCGGCCGAGGCUCCAAACGCGCGAGUCUUUCUGUCAUAGUACCAUAUUGUUGAUGGGCCAAAGAAGUGGACGUCAAGAAUGGAGAAAAAAGCCAGAGAUGUCACCAAGUGAGAACGUGAAGGCAGAAGAAGAAGGUGAUAAAGAGGAAAACAAAGAGCUGAAGACUAAAGACCAGAGGCUACCAGUAGUCUUCGGUGUGGCAGACUUAAAAAAUGGAGCUGUUGGACUUUACAACAUUGGGCAGACCUGCUGUCUGAACUCUCUACUCCAAGUGUUCCUCAUGAACAUACACUUCACUAGGAUACUACGAAGGAUCACGGUGCCCCCAUAUGCUUCACUGAAGAGGAAGAAUGUCCCAUACCAAAUGCUUUUGCUGUUGGAGAAGAUGCAGUCUGGCAAGCAGAAAGCUGUUUCUCCCACAGAGCUUGCUCGCUGUCUUUCAAUACACAGAGUGGAUUUGUUUAUGCAACAUGAUGCUGCCCAACUCUUUCUGACUCUCUGGAACUUGGUAAAGAGGCAGAUAAAAGACCAAGACCUGGUUACAAAGUUGAGUGAUUUGUACACUAUCUGUGUACAGGAGCACCUGGCCUGUCAGAUAUGCUCUUCUGAAAUGAAGAGGAAUAGCAACAUGUUAACCCUUCCAGUCCCAGUGUUGGAUUCCAGUUCCCGCAUGCUGAAGACACUGGAGGACUGUCUGCAAUGCUUUUUCCAUCCAGAAGAGUUGACUGGUCACAACAUGUGCUUCUGUGAAUACUGUGAAAAGAAAACGCCUUUUCUGCAGAGCAUGAAGCUAGUCCAUCUGCCACAGACCCUGACCAUACAACUAAAGCGCUUCUGCUUUGAAAGAUCAACUGACGUCCACAAACUUAGUCACUGUCUGCCAUUCCCACAAGAACUUGAUUUCAAUGCAGUCUUGACAGAACAGCAGAGCCAAGCACAUGACAGUGAAAAGGCUGCCUGGCAGUAUGAGCUUUUUGCUGUUGUUGCUCAUUCAGGAUCAACUAAUUCUGGACAUUACUGUGCCUAUAUUCGAAGUCUCACAGAAUGCAAAUGGUAUUGCUUCAAUGAUUCUAUCGUUCGUCAGGUAUCGUGGGAUGAUGUUAAAAGUACGUAUGGACAUUCAGACCUCAACUGGGGACAAACAGCCUAUCUCUUGAUUUACAUGAAAAAGCAUCCCCAAUAGGCUUAUCCAGGUGUAUCAGGGUGUUUUGGAAAGCUGUUCCUUGUCCAUGAAGCUCAGCAUCUGUGUACCAGUGUGGAUGGGUAAAAAUGCUCCACAGGAAAGACCUGCACUCAGUCUAUGACCUCUGCCUUCACCUUUUUUUGAUAAGAGAAAUGGAGGACAAACUCAGCUGGAGAAAGGAUCUAAGAGCUGUUGCAUCUAGAAAUUUUUUCUUUCAUGUCAUGUGAUUAUUUAUUUACUGUAUCCUUGAUAUUUAUGUAAUUCUAUAUAUUAAUUUCCUCUUAAAUAAUGGUAAAGUUAGUCAUUGUCUCUGCUGAUUUAGCAGUUUAUUGAAUGCUGAUGCCUAGAUUCCAAUACAGAGGAAUCUUUUGUCCUCAAAGUCUUCAUGAUCUUCCAAGAAGGCAUAUGUUACGGCUAGAGAGCCAUGAUAGCCAUAAGGUCAUGUGAUCUUGAGGCUUACUCUGCCCUUUUAAGGCCUUGUUAGAUGCUGGCAUGAUGGGAGGGAUAACCCCAAAAGUCUUGAGAAACAACUGGAUCAGGGACCAGGGUCCUUAUCACACAUGCAUCAGUGAUGUUUGCUCCUAAAAACCUUCAAGGAAAUGUAUCACUGCAGGAACUGAGAUGUUAUUGAAAGCUGGUGUCAGCAUGAAGUGUUUUUAAAUCAGGAGCUAUUGUAGUAGUUCUGAUCUGGGAGAUGAGUUUGUAUAUGUUUAUUUAGAUGAUUAUUGUUUUAGCACGCCUAUCAGGCAUUUUAAUUCAUUUUUUCCUGUACAGAGGAAAAUACUCAGAGUGAUAUCCAGAAAUUUGGAAGGUAGUUAGUGAUUUUGUGCAAUACACUUGAUACAAUGUGAUAAGAGGAGAAAUGAGAAGCCCUGACAUGCUUGAACUUUGGGAUUUUUUGUUUUUCUUCAGCUCUUUGCCAGCAAGAAUUGUCUUGCUCUCUCCCUUCCUUCUUUGCCCAUGCAGUGGAAAUGUCCCUCAAGCAGAAAAUAUUCUGUAGAGAGCAAGUCUGUAAAAAAGUGAGUCAUUUAAAAAUCUUCUGUUAAAUCUUGUCAUUCUGUGUUGUUGGUCCAGCCUGUGCUCUCAUGGCAAGACUACCCAGCUGGAAGGAAAAUGCAGAAAGGAAUAGUUAGAAAGGAAGGUCAGUAUCACACAGCAAUCAGAAGAGUGGUCUAAAAUCUCAUCAUUCAUCUGUGAGGAAAGU